UCAGUGCUCUGUCUCUCUCUCUCUCUCCCUCUCUCUCUCUCUCUCUCUCUCUCUCUCUCUCACACACACACACACUCACUCACACACUCACUCACACACUCCAGUUGAAAACAUGAUCUUUAACGGAACAUGGAAAGUGGACCGCAGUGAUAACUAUGAAAAAUUCAUGGAGCAGAUGGGCAUAAACAUGGUAAAGAGGAAACUUGCAGCCCAUGACAAUCUAAAGAUCACUCUGGAGCAGAAUGGAGACAAGUUCCAUGUGAAAGAGGUCAGCACUUUCCGCACCCUGGAGCUGGACUUCACGCUGGGAGUCACGUUCGAGUACGAGCUCGCUGAUGGAACCAAACUCUCUGGCUCCUGGGUGAUGGAUGGGGAUGUGCUGAAGGGAACGUUCGUCCGUCAAGACAACGGAAAAACCCUGAACACCGUCAGGCAGAUUGUGGACGGUGAGCUGGUACAGAGCUACAACUACGACGGCGUGGAUGCUAAGAGGAUUUUCAAGAAGGCUUAAAUGCAGCGUGUGUGAAUCAGCCGGAGAAACCUUUACCUUCCAGCUUGGCGUCUCCCCAGGACCUGUGCAGUGUCCCGGAGCUGGUCCACGCCCACAGGCCACGCCCCUUACCCCAGACACACUGGGCACCCUGGCACUGCUCGCUUUUAUAUUUAAGGAAAUAAAGUCACUUUUUAGACAUG